AUGGAGCUCAAGAGAGGAAAGACCUUCAUAAAAUCCAGCGUGCAACAUGAGAAAGUGCCACCAGUGCAUACAACUCCUACCAACAAAGAUGAGAUGGGGAAAGACAAAAAAGCAGCUCUGGAGGGAAACCAAAGUGUAGCUGAAAUCCAGCUGGCUUGUUUGGCCACGCACAAGAACUACAGAUUUGCUACCAGAGCAGCAAGGAGUGGAGCUGGUGACCACAACCUGGAAAAAUCAUCUGGCACCUCCUACAAGCUCGUAAGGAAGAGUAAAACCCAUGACUGUGUUACUGAGGCGGACAAAACAGAGCACUGCAGCCCUAGCAGCAGGGCUUGUGAGGAAGGUUUUCCUGCAAAGGGCAAGGGCAGACUUGUCAAUAGCAUCAGCUUUUCAGGGAUGUCCAGCUCCAGCAGUAAGAAGGAGUGUGUGGUCAGCCCCAGCCAGUCUGCAUGCAGCAGUCAGAUGAUUGAUUACAGGAACUUUGUGCCACAGAUGCCUUUUGUACCAGCUGUCGCAAAAACCAUUCCCAGGAAGAGGAUUUCCCUCAAGAGAUCUAAGAAAGGGCUCAGAGAUAUAUUUCAUAUAAGGAAAAAUAAACCAGACAGCCUCACAUUUCUGGUUGAGAAGGACAAGAACCUGUCCUCUCCAGGCUGCAAGAGUGAGUUKUCUGGACGUCUUAUGAAGUAUCUUUUCAAAACUGGAGAAACUUGUGCAGCUGAUUGCUUGUCGCAGGACUGCUCAGACAGUGAACUGCAGUCUGACUCUUCCUAUGACUACUGCAAUGCCCUGUGUGAAGAUGUUGCCUCACUGAAGAGCUUUGACUCCCUCACGGGCUGUGGGGAAAUCUUUGCUGAUGAGACCUCUGCUCACCUGGAGCUGGAGAACAGCAAAGAMCUUCUGCUGAGGCGAAGCAAACACAAAGACAGCCCUGUCAUGGGCUCUUUCCAAGGCGGGGUGGAGCAGUUGGCUUCUCCUGGACAGAAUGAGACUGUGGAAUUCGCAAAGUUUUGGGACAACAUCAACAAAUCAGUGAGGCUACAUCAGAGUGCUCUGUUUGAAAAGAAGUUGCUGAAGAUACCUGGUUCUGACAUAGAAAAGGAUAGAAGUCAGGCUGCUGUAGUGGUCACUGACCCCCAAGUGUCACCUGAUAAAGAAGGUGACAACUCCAAAGAUGGCUCCAUGGAAACAGAAACACCAAAAAGUGAAAAUCAGGAAUCCACAUCCACAAGUGAUGAAGGCUACUAUGAUUCCUUCUCUCCKGGACAAGAUGAUGAACUGAAGGAAGCUCAGACCCCUGGCAUCCCAGGUAGAUUUCCAAGAGACAGUUACAGUGGAGAUGCCCUUUAUGAGCUUUUCUAUGAUCCAAAUGAAGUCAAAGUAAACCCUAUCCUUGAUGAUGACCUUUGUGCAUCUGAAAGUGUUUCAGAGCAAGCCAUUGAAAUCCCUUUAUCCAUUUACAGCUUUCAUGUUGGAGCUGAGGAGAACAUGGCUUCCCAACCAACUCUAGACAUCAUCAGCCAGGGUUUUUUCCACAGCACAUGGAAAGGCAAAGAAUGCCUGCUAAAGCUCUGUGAUACUGAGCUUUCACUUACCAUGGGGAUAAUAAACUGGCUACGAAAACACUCAGGACUCAUCUCCUCCCCUGACUCUCUUCAGAGUCCUCAAUCACAGCCAGAAAAGUCCAAUGAUUCAUUGAUCCUGSCCAGUCACAGUCCGGAGCAGGAAGGGAGCACAGAAGGUCAGCAGGAGACACCAGGCAAACAAGAAUCUAAUACACUUAAUGUAUGUGGGCCUUUGGAGGAAAGCAAACACACAGUCCAGGCCUCUUCAGUAAACACUGCUGGAAGAGAUCAGAGCCUAGACUCCUGCCUGAACACAACUAACCCGGAUUCCCAAAGAAGAGAGGGGAGUCACCACCAGGAUUUAUCUACAGCACCUGGGACAGUGGAAACCACCGUAUCAUCAAGUUAUGCAMCACAAACACAGGCUAACAAUCUGCAGACAAUUGAGAAUGAGAAGGUUGCAAUUUCACUGGGAUGUGAGACAUCUGGAGAUAGAAACCUACUGCCAGAAAAGCUGUACAGAGAGAGUGGCUUCCAGAGUUCAGAAAAUCCUUCAUUAGAUGAUAAUCACGAAGUAGAAUCAUGUUACUCCUACAAGACUGCUGCGACCUCACUCCGAGAUCCCCUUGAGAGGGAAGACAGAAAUAAACCCAUGUAUCACUCUCUCUCURUUUCCUGUGACAAGCCACCACAGCCUCUAACCUUCAGUCACUUCCAGAGCUGCAUUAGCCCCACACCAACAGAGAGCAGCACUAACAUAGUGCAGCUCUUAGAGCACUGUGUAACACAGGUGGCAUCAUUAAAAAUCAGCUAUGAMAACAAGCACCUGGAGGACAAAUGCAUCGGGAAUGAAAUGAACAGUAUUAUUCAUAAGAUGUCUCAGUACAAAAACAAGUUAUUGUUGCAAAAUGAAUGCAAYCAUGUUGCUCAAAAUCCAGAAUAUCCCAGUAUUCAUAGCACAAACCAAUACCACUAUGAGCCAAGUUUCCAAUCUAACAACCUCUAUCAGUUGAAGCAAAAUGUGGAGCAAAUUUGCUCUGAAGAUCAGAAAAGUAGAGCAAAAAUCCUAGAUGAUGUUACUAGAAGCAAGAUAAAUUUUGAAUAUGCCCAGCUUAAUAAUCAAGCACUCUCCUAUUUAMAAGACUUUGGUCUCAGUCCAAGUGACUAUGGCCCAGAGACAUCUCUUAGUAGACCAACAUUUUUACCUCUCUUUAACUCUGUCUGCCCAGAUGUAGCUGGUACCUUCUCACAAGCCUCACACAGCACGGCUGUCUCUCUCUCUGACUCGCUGCACCCUGAGGAGGCCAAGMAGUGCAGCCCAGGGCCCUGGAACUAUGCAGAGACCCCCUGCCAUGGCCUGGCUGGAGGGAGUGCUCUGUCCCCUCUCCUAGAGGCAGCAGCCCUGGAUACAGCAGUGACAGCCAGGAGCCACCAGUAACAC